CACAUUUGGGUGUCUACAAUGCAUUUGUUUGAUUCUCUGAGCUUCCACAUGAUCUUAUAAAGCUGAUUUUGAAGUAUAUGCAUUUGUUUGAUCUCUGGUAUUUUCAAGAUAAAGCUGCUGGUAUCCCCUCCUUUCGUCGUUCCUAUUUUCUUUUUAAGCUUAAAUGAAUUAUUGGGUUUUAUAUAUGAAAUUUUAAUUUGAUUCUACUUUGGAUGAUUGAAAGAGGCUACUCGAGCAGAAAUUAAUCUUAGGUAGCAGCGAGCUGCUGAUUCUUCCAAUAGAACGUCAACAGAAAGGCCCCCAAAAGUCGAAGGUGGUUCCAAUGGGCUUCCUUAUGAAGUUUCUUCUCAACAAGACCAAGUUCGUCCUCUCCUUAGCUUGCUUGAAUGGGAACCUCCUUCUCGGUAUUUCUCCGGUUAGUUAGAUUUGUGCCAGUUUGCAGGCAUGGCGAGACAUGAAAGCAUACUUCCUUUGUUGCAUGCAUCUAAUGAUAAGAAGGCAAAUGGUGAACUCGAUUUCUUGAUGGCAGAAUUCGCAGUUCCUUUCAGACAUGGAGAGCGUAUGGAUUUCAGUUAUUUUAUAUCCUAGAAAUAUACUGGAGAUAAAGCUGAAAUCAAGGUACUGCAUGAUUCGGCGGUGCACACAUUCAACAUUAAACUUGGUACUCACAGAAGGCUCAUUCCUGCACAUAGCAAGGGUAGACCUCAUUCAAUUCGUAUUAUAUAGCUGCAGGAUUUGUAUUUACGGCUGUCUCAGUUUCAUAUCUCCGUUUUGAGGAAAACUAAAGUAAACACCAAAGCUCACAACCAUGGCAAAAUCCAUUGUUGCAUCAGCUGUCCAGUGGAUUGGCUCUAUAUUGAUUCAAGAGGCCAAUAUAUUAUUCAAUGUUGCAGAUCAAGUACGGGGCCUGAUGCAGCAAUAGCUUUGGCCUAAGAAGAAUCAAUGAAGCAGAAGGUUUGGACUAAGAAGAUCAUUGAAAAGUUAAAUAGCUUUGGACUAAGAAGAAUCAAUGAAGCAGAAGGUUUUUAGUUUAAAUUAUUUAGUCAAUAAUAAAUGUUUUUUUUUUUUUUUUGCACAUUGUAUAAAUAUGAAGUACUAUUUUUAUCUCAAUUAAUUAAUAAAAUAAUUGUGCUAUAAUUUUAUUAAUUGUAACGGGAUUAUUUGAUGGGUUUGACAAGUCAAGUCAUUAAUUUAUUUAACCUCGAAUUUGAUGGGUUUGACAUGCCUAUUGGAAAGUGGGAAUCUGCUUAUGGGAAGCAAAUUGGUAAUUGUGCUCAAAGAGUUAACAUUAAUGUGAAGGGUAAUCCGAAGUAUGAUAAAGUUCAAAAGCAAAACUUGUGGGAGGAGAGUAAGCGGAAGUUCCACAUUGAUGAUCCCAAGGGUAGUAAAGAGAAGAAGUUCCACGAAGCUGUUGGUGCUAGAUUUAGGAAGCACAAGUCUUGGUUAGUUUCACGAUUCAUUACUAAGGAAACUGCACCUCCGCCUGACUCACCAAGUGCAAACAUUAAGCCCUGGGAGCUUUAUGAAGGUUACAUCACAGAAGAGCAAUGGAAAGAGUUUGAGACAUAUUGCAAUACAGAUGAAUUUAAGGCUCUGAGUGAAAAAGGCAAGGAAAAUGCAAAGAAUAAUAAGCAUCGCCACCAUCUAGGCUCCAAGAGUUAUGAGAGGGCUCGAGUUAAUUGGAGUAAGACCAAUAGAAUUCUAGCAGAAUCUUCAACCUCAAGCACCACAGAGUCCACGACAAGCUGUGUAAUGAGUGAAAAGCUUAAAAACCGGUCUCUUUAUUGGAUUUUGGCCCGUCAAACUCGUAAUGCAGAUGGAUCGUGGGCUACAGACCCGAAGAAUGCCGAAACCCAGCAAAUACCCAAUGCUAUUUUGGAAAACUUGCAAAAGAAUGGUGAAGGAAACAAUUCAAGUGAUGGUAUUGGUAUGGAUGCCCUCGACAAGGCUUUAGGAAAAAGAGAUCACCGCGGGCAUGUAAAAGCACUAGGAAGGUGUGGGGUUGGAGUUAGUCACACACAAGUAUUUGGGAAGGGAUACAAAAAGGGAUAAAUCAUCCGGCCAAGG